AUGGGAGAUCACAAUGCUCGGAUGCAGGAGCUACGCAAGGAAGUUGACAGUCUCAAACACUCCAUGAAAGGUGUAACCAGCUCUGUUGCAGAGAUUCGACAAUCAGUGGAUGCUAGUGUGGCUCAAGCCAUGGAUAAAUUUCGAAGGUUGUUCGCGACGUCUAUGAACAACAAUGGAAGUACCAGACCAGCAGCUGAAGGAGUUCCUAGAGAUGGAAAUAGAUCAGAAAAUUAUCACUUGCCAACUCGUAACUAUCAGAUGGAUUUCACUAAAUUUGAUGGACAGGGGUUGAGGGAAUGGAUUUACAGAUGUGAACAGUUCUUCGAUGUAGACGAAACUCCAGAUGACUCAAGGGUUAAGUUGGCAUCUUGCAAUUUCGAGGGUAAAGCACUCCAAUGGCACCAAUCUUAUAUGAAGCACCGAAUUUCCAGAGAAUGGCCACGAUGGACUGAGUAUGUCGGAAGUCUCUUUGCCAGGUUUGGAGCUGAACUAUUUGACGAUCCAAUGGGUGAUUUCAAGGAUUUGAGACAGGUAAACUCUGUUCAAGACUAUGUCGAUCUUUUUGAUGAACUGCUCACUAGGGUUGAAUUAUCAGAAGACCAGAUUAUUAGUUGCUUUGUUAGAGGAUUGAAACCAGAAAUAGGUUUACCUGUUAAGAUGCUCGCACCAAGGUCACUAGCUAAAGCAAUUAAUCUAGCUAGAAUACAGGAACAAACACUAGUUGUCCAAAAGCAAGUGUUUUCUGAACCAUCAGUACUUUCCAAUCCCAAAAAUAUACACAGAUUUGUUGCUAAUAACUCUUCUUUUUCCUAUGUAUCCAACCAACCAACGAAGCAUAACCCAAUUACUUCUAAAUUUCAAAACCCCACCUUGGCCAACAAUCCAAAACCUCAACUUAAACAUGCCAAAUUGUUGUCACCAGCUGAAAUGGAGGAAAGAAGGAGUAAGGGUCUGUGUUUUAACUGUGAUGAAAAAUACAGUUAUGGUCAUGUUUGUAAGAAAAAGAGGCAACUAUUCUACAUGGAAGUAGAAGAAGGAGAAGGAGAACCCAAAGAAAUGGAAGAUGACAUAAUGGUAGACCCAACUGAAUUUUUUACCAUGAUUGGUCAAGGCCUAGAGACUGAUAAUGAAGGGGCCAUUUUAACUCAUGUAUCUGUACAUGCUAUGAAUGGAUCCCAUGAUUUUAGAACCAUGCGAGUUACUAUGUCGGUGAAGGGCAAGGUAGUACAUGUGUUGAUUGAUACGUGCAGCACACACAAUUUCCUUGACUUGAAUACAGCAAAGAAGUUGGGGUGUGUGAUGAUAGCUAUCUCACCUUUUGCUGUAUCAGUUGCUGAUGGCAAGAAAAUCCAGAGCAAUUAUGUGUGCAAGAAGCUGGCUUGGAAAAUGCAAGGGGUUUCAUUUGAUUCUGACAUGUUAGUUUUGCCUAUUGGUGGAUGCAACAUGGUUUUGGGAAUUCAGUGGUUGAUAACAUUAGGAGACAUUAUGUGGAAUUUCAGGAGGUUAAAAAUGGAGUUCACUAUUAUGGGGCGCAAAAUUUCCUUAAGAGGAAUACAACCUGCUGCAGUAAAGAUGGUUCAUCAGGACAACAUGGACAAGUUGCUAGCAAAACCAGCUGAGCUUUGUAUGAUUUCGUUUGGGGUUUAUAAAGAGGAGAAAAGUGGCAGCCUGUUAUCAAUUGAGGCAGUUCCAGACAGUGAUGUAGAAGGGGUUAAUGAUCUGGAGUGCAUCUUACAGGAAUAUAGUGAUUUGUUCGAGGUUCCCAAAGACCUACCACCAUCUAGAUUCCAUGAUCACAAGAUUAUAUUGCAAGAUGGGACGUCUCCUAUAAACAUUAGACCAUACAGAUAUCCUACAGCACAAAAGGAUGAAAUUGAGAGGAUGGUGGAGGACAUGCUUCAUUCGGGGGUAAUUAGGCAUAGUACCAAUCCCUACUCCUCACCUAUUGUCAUGGUGAAGAAAAAAGAUGGUACUUGGAGAAUGUGUGUAGACUAUAGAGAACUGAAUAGUCAUACUGUGAAAGAUAAAUUUCCUAUUCCAGUGAUUGAAGAGUUAUUGGAUGAACUCCAUGGUGCUAAGUAUUUUUCUUUUUUUUGA